AUGUUACCUACCAUACCUACCACCAUUCUCAUCGGCCUCGCGUGCAGCUCUCUGGUCAGAGCAUCUACUGCAAACCUCAAUGUAUCAACUACCACUUUGACUCAGCUGGGAUGUGAUACAAUGUGUCAGACUUACUUCGAAGCCGGGUUGGCCGCCGAUGUCGAGAUGUUCGGUACGAGCUUCGAUUCCGAUUUCUACAGCACCGAAAGCAACUUCACAGCCGAAACACUUAACGUGAGCACCGGAAUGACCGCCUACCGCUUCCAAUAUACUACACGGGACUUGCACGACACCCUCAUUCCCUUUCCCGUGGUCGCCUAUGCGCACGGCACCAUUGGAGUCUUCACCGGCUAUCCUCCCACCACCACCACCACCACAGAUCUCUACGACUACCACAGCUGGAGUCUCCUGAUUGAGGACGGGUACGCAGUCGGCGCGCCAGACUACGCGGGUCUCGGAAACAAUGCCACCCUCCACGAAUACCUCUCGUUCCCUGCCCACGCCAACGACCUCUACUACGCCAUGGUCGCCGCGCGCAAGGCGUUACCCCAUACCUUCACCUCAGAAUGGAUGAGCGUGGGCCACAGCCAGGGAGGCGGUGCUGUUUGGAAGCCUUCAAAGAGUGAGCUAGUCAAAACCCACGGCGCGGGAGAAUACCUGGGUACCGUGGUUUUAGCACCCGCCAGCAGGAUCUACGACAUGACAGUGCUCACGGCUGAGACCAUUCUGACAGGCAGCGGCUUUGCAAGCUACGAUGCCACCUACGAAGCCCUCUGGCUGCCGCUCGCGCUCAAGCGCGUCAUCCCCGGGAUCGACCUCUCCUUCUUCUCCGACACCUUCCUCCAGCGCAACGCAACGGCCCCGGCUAAUGGGGGUGCUGCGGAUACACCGAAGCUCAUCGUUCAGGGACUAGAGGAAACCGCCGUCCUUCGGGAGAUUACCGUCCGGUCGUUCAACGCGAGCUGUCUUUCGGGGAAUAAGGUGCAUAUGAGCCUCGUGGCGGGCAUGGACCAUACCGAUGUCUUCACGGCGAGUUCUCCUGGGUGGCUGGGGUUCAUUCGGAAUCGCUUCGCGCGGAAGUCGACCAGUGGCAGGUGCAGUGUGAUCCAGCGUGCACCCUCUGACAGGGCUAAUUUGGUGACGGAGGUUGAGUCAAGUGAAGUCACCAAGUCUCUGAUGUAAUUGAUUACCGGGUCAAUGCCCGGUACAUGCCGGCUUUCAUGAAUAGGCACCAGCUUUGAUUCGAAGUGAGACCAGAGAACUAGAUAUUCGGACUGGC